UUCGCUAGGUAGCGUUCAGUGUGUGCGGUGUCUGAACGAGAUCUGUCAAAUUCUGGCUUUUGUGUUAUUAUUCGCGCUAAACGGCAAAACAUAAGCAAUGCGAGUGGUACGACUAAAGAAUUAAAGAGGCAUUUUUAAGACGAUUUUCCAUCGAAAUUAUCCGAAAUGGGAGUUACGGGAUUAUGGAAGCUGAUUGAUCAAUCUGGGAAGCCGGUGCCGGUGCAAACGCUUGAAAAUAAGGUUCUAGCAGUGGAUAUAUCAAUUUGGUUGCAUCAGGUAGUUAAAGGAUUUCAGGAUUCAAAUGGAGCUACGCUACCGAAUGCUCACCUGCUUGGAUUAUUUCAUCGGCUGUGUAAAUUGAUGUACUAUCGCAUUAAACCAGUUUUUGUUUUCGACGGUGGUGUUCCACCACUGAAGCGUGAAACAAUUGCUAAACGUGCUCGUAACAAGAAUAAAUAUCAAAGUGAAGCUGACAAGUUGCAACAGUUGUUAUUGGAAGCAUUGGCAAAGGAAAAAGUCGUCCAACGGGCAUUGGGACCUUCGACAUCAGCGUUAGUUUCACCCAAGAAAUCAGCUCCGAAAGUCGAUGAUGACGAUGAAAAUGAUUUAUUCAAACUGCCACCGAUGCAAGAGAAUCCCGUUAAGGAUGAAUCACUCACUGAUGUUAGCGAUAUUAGCGAUGGCGAUGGGUCGUUCGAUCAAAAACAACGGAUUCAUUACAAUCACAAUUUGCAGGCGAUUGAUGUGAAGAGCACCCAUUUCAAAACAUUACCGGCUGAUAUUCGCCACGAAAUUCUAUCCGAUAUCAAAGAAACACGAAAACAAUCGUCAUGGGGUCGUUUACACGAGCUACCAGCCGAAAGUCAAUCGUUUAGUAGUUUUCAAAUGAAUAGACUUUUGAAACGACGUCAGGUUCAGGUAGAGCUAGAGGAAGCUGAAAAAGAAAUGGGCGGCAAAGGUGGUCUAUCAAUGGCUGAGCUAGAGAAUUUGCUAUCCGAAGAGGGUGUUGUCGAUCCGGAUAUAGCCACCGAGCGAGUUGCAUCGAAUGAACACGUUCGAUUUUUGCAUGUUCGUGAUAUCACAAAAGCAUUGAAGCGAGAGGCUGAGGAGAAAAUUAAGCAAGAACCAUUGGAGCCGAUUGAAGAGAAAGAGGAAAAGAUAGAAGGAGAAAAUGAAGAAUUGGAAGAUAUUAUCAAAAGUGAACAGUUUACAAUCGAGGAUUUUGAUUUGCAACGAGCGAUUCAAAUGUCUCUGGGCAGCGGAGGAGAUGCAUAUGAAGUGGCCACCGAUUGCGAUGUUGCUCGAUUAACGGUUGAACAACGAAAAGCAUUGGGAUCGGCAGCAAACUCAUUGGCAAGACACUAUAUGAUUGAAUAUGGUGGCAUGAACGAUGAAGAAGUGUCCGAUUUAGUGAAAUUAAAUGAAAGUCACAAUAUUACACAGGAAUUUAAAUUCAAUGAUACCAGUGUUUUGUUUGGAAAAUCUCCCGUCACAAACGCACCAUCUACGUCGAAAUCUCAGGCAAAAGAAUUUUCACAGAAAAUUAACAUUGAAACAGAGAAACCGAUUAACAUGUCUGAGAGUUCAUCGGACGAUGAUGAGGCUGAAGUGUCGAGCGAUGCUGAUUCGGAUUUCAUCGAUGUGCCCCAAAUGGAUUCGGAUGAUGAUCUAGCAUUUUUUGCGCGAAGCAAACGGCCAUUGCCACCGCCUUUUUUAAUGAACGAGCCACCUGUGCGUGUUCCAGUCGGCUCUGAACCAUCGGUGCUAUCGAAUGGUACAAAAAUCGAAGUGGUUAUAAACCCAGGGCAAAUUUGUGAAGUUGGAGACGAUAUAUUUGCGGAUAUUUUCGAUAAAACAGAUCAAGAAAUAGUUGGCAAAAUCAAGGAGAAGAUUGAACUCAAAGAGACUAUUGAAAUCAAAAGAGAUGAUGUAAUUGAAAUUGAAGACAGUCCAAAAAAAGUAGUAGCUCAAGAAGAGAUUGAAAUGGUCGAAACUAUAUCACAAUCUCCCGAAACGACCGAACCCAAAAUCGAAUCAAAUGCAAAAGGACCAGUGAACAAUUUGUCAACUUCCAAAAUACAAAGUAUUUUGAAUGGAUUAAAUGAUGAAAAAUCGUCCGUUACCAAACUCAGCUUAGACGAUAUAUUGGGAACAAAAGAUUCAUCCGAUGCAAAACCAAGCGAUGGAAUUUCAUUUUUGGAAGAAUUAAAAGAGCAUGAGAAGGAAAACAAAGUCGAACCAGAAGGAUUGUCUACACCAACCAAAAUACCUCAACCAUUUUUCGUGAAGAAAACACCGCCCAGUUCAAAGAAGAAAUCACCAGCCAGUGCAAAGAAAGAGGAUGAUCUCACUCCAUCAAAGGCGUCUAAAUCUCUUUCCGAGGUAUUCGAAUGCUUGCCAUCCACGUCAUCAGGCACUAAAUCCGAAAAAGACUCAAUGACAUCGGCCGCCAAUGCUUUGCGUGAAAAUAAAUCAAAAGAAGAGCUCGAAGAUAUUGCAGAGCAACUGAAUCAAGAGCGUCAAGAUUUGAUGGCAGAACGGAAUAAGAAGGAUAGAUUGGGAGUAUCGAUAACUGAACAAAUGAGCAUGGAGUGCAUGGAGCUGUUGCGAUUAUUCGGUGUACCAUACAUUGUGGCACCAAUGGAAGCCGAAGCGCAGUGCGCCUAUCUGAACGAGAUCAACUUGACUGAGGGAACAAUUACGGAUGAUAGUGAUAUUUGGCUGUUUGGAGGCAAGGCCGUCUACAAGAACUUUUUCGAUCAAAAUAAACACGUGCUGGAAUAUCGAUCGGACAAUAUUCAACGAUUAUUCCAUUUGGAUCGAAACAAAUUGAUUCAGCUCGCUUUUUUAGUCGGCAGUGAUUAUACACAAGGUAUUCAUGGCAUUGGUGCGGUAACUGCAAUGGAAGUAUUAAGCAUAUUCCCUGAAACACCCGCAACAGACGGAGAAACCACACAAAUCGUGUCGAUUUUGUCCAGCUUGCGCAAAUUCCGCGAUUGGUGGCACAAUAAAACUGUGGGCCAGAGAGCAAAUACCUUGCGCAAUAAAUUAAAAAAUAUCACGUUCACUGACGAUUUUCCCAACGCUCGGGUCGUAGAGGCGUACUUGUUUCCAACUGUCGAUGAGAACCGUGAAAAAUUCAGUUGGGGUCAACCAGAGGUGGAAAGUAUUCGUGAAUAUGCAAAGAAAACAUUCGGUUGGACGAAAAAGCGAACGGAUGAAAUUGUGUUGCCGGUUAUGAAAAGGCUGAGUGAGAAAACAUCACAGCAAUCGAUUCAGAACUAUUUCAAAAUUACUGGUAUAACGUCGAGAAAGGACUUGAAGGUGAGCAAGCGUGUGCGUAUGGCUUUAGAACAUAUGGAUCCGGAUACAGAUCCGGCCACAUUCAAUGAUGAUGUUGUGGUGGAAAAAAAGCCAAGAAAGAAAGCCACAGCCAAAAAAGAGGAACAGAAUCCAGAAGCUACAGAAAAUGAUUCAACUGUCAAAGCAAAGCCCAAGCCGAGACGCAAACGGAAAGCAAUACAAGAAACCGAAGUGAAUAAAGAACAAACCACCGAUAACAAUACAGAUGAACCAUGCACAUCAGCUGCCGUUAGCAUCUCCGUUGGAGCGAAAAAAGUGGUUCUGCCCGACAAUAAUGCACCAAUUCCGCAGCGUGAAAAAGACAAACAAAUCAUGGAGAGUAACCGAUUGAAGGCAAUUGAAGUAUUGAAGAAAAUGAAAGCAGGCAAAAAGUAAUGAUAUUGCAUGUUCCGUCUAACACGUUUUUGUUUUCAUUAAAGUUUUUAUUUCUUUUUGUCGGUUGCAAAAAAAAAAUCCAAUUCACAAAAUCGAAUGUAUUCAUCCAAUCUAACAAGCAGGAGCUAGCACAUUACAUUAUAAAUUAUUUUUAGUUUUAUUUGUUUUCCCUUAAAUAAUCAUUUGUCGUAUUUGAACUUGUUUCUUGAAAAAUUAAAAAAGAAGUAAGUCAUGAUUCGGCCAUUGUAUGGUUUGGUUUGAAUUAUGGUGAGAUUAUUAUCAGUUCUGUUUCAUAGUUUAAUAUAAUCAUUUGCACAACACUCAAUGUAGAUGAUUUCUAUUUCGUUUAAAACAAACAAAAAAACACACACAAUUUUUCUUCAUAUGUUCUGUAAAAAUGCUAAGCAAUGCCAUUAAAAUGCACAUUUCCAUGAAUUUGGUAUUAAAA